CAGUGGGCGAGCACGUUGACAGGCUUCGCCAAGCAAGGACGGUAGAUGUGUUUUCUUACGAACUAAGUAUGCUUGUCAUCCAUCCUGCAAGUUGCUGUGACGUCUGCCUCGAUCCCUAUUGUAUAUCUUCAGAACCCGCUAAUUCUCCACAUGCAAUAGCGUGUGGUCACAUCUUCUGUCUCACGUGCCUUCGCUCCUUAUCCCCAAGUUCAUGUCCCCUCUGCCGCAAAACUUUCGAGCCAGAACGUGUCAAGAAACUCCACCUCGCAAACCCACCCGAACUAGACAAUGCUGAACAGGAUGCUAUCAAUACUCAUUCCAGUCUCCUCCUUCAGCGCGUAGCUAUAAUCUCAGGCGAAGACACACCCGAAGCAGAUGUCGUCGAAGUAGUCACCGAGGUGCAGGAAUGGCUGCAAUCUCAGCCCGAUGACCCCAACUCCCAUAUUCCUCUUCGAGCUGCUGUAUCUUCCCUCCAGCGAUACAAAGCUCUUCAAGAUAAGCACGAGCGUGAAAAAACAGAACAUCGUCGCCUCCGCCACCAACUUCGCAACAGCAAGCGAAACGCAGACCACGAUUCUAAAACAUCUCGCGCAGUUGAAGAAAGUCUGCUCUUCAGGAUUCAGGAAAUAGAGAAAGAACAUGCUCAAGAGGUGAUCAUUUGGUUCAGCGGUAUUUAUCUGUCGCAGUUGCAAUCUCAGCUGGAAAGUUUUCGAAAUCCCCAAACCCAAUAUCGCAACACUGGCAAUCCCCUCCCCGCACCUCCAGAGCCCUUGCCUCUGGAUCGAUUUCCCACUUUUGCCAGGCAUCCUCUCCUAGGCGGCGCCGUACCAUAUCCCGCACCACCUCCGCGGGGAGAUGCCGCCCACACUAAUGGCGAUGCACAUGCUUCAGGAUCCAAGCAAGCAAGCUCAUCCCACAAUCCCAUUUCGCAUCCCCCCAAGCCUACCAGACCGUCCGAGGCUCCUCGGCCAGAAGAGCGCUGGACAAACAACACGCGGCGGCCCCAUGCAUCUUCCGCACACAACCGCGCACCCGAGUCUCAGCCGAAAAUAAACGCCACGACCCGCGGGGCACACAUCCCUCCCAACGGUGCUCGCGUCAUCCCGCGCGCACCUUCUCCCACCUGGGCAACGCGUCCUCUCGUCGAGGAUCGGCGAUCCGACGACGAAAGAGAGCUGAGGCGCAAAGAGCGGAACAAUAUCAGUAUCAGCACUGAUGUAGCGAAUGAUGUGUCCACGCGCCUAGCCUCUGCUGCAGCAUACGUCUCAGGCUAUGGCUCGGGGUACGAAUCGGGCUAUCAGCUGGUCAGCGCUCCGUACGUUUCGUCCGCCAGUAACAACGAAAGAUCUUUUCCGCUGCAGGAGACGCAAUCACCAGAACAAGUCACGGAUUUUCUGCAGGGAGAAAAUACGCCUGUGCCUCGAGCGCGGCCUGUUCCGAGACGGGCUGUAACGGAUGCAGUCCGAGUAGAGAAUAUUUCUGGAGGUCUUUUGGAUGCGCCUUUGCUUGGUACUCCGGUUGAUAAUGGUGCGGGACGCCGAGCAACGGUGCCGCAGAGCGUUGGUCAGGUGCUUGGUUUUGACGUUGGAGCAUCGCGGUCGAAUGGGAAUGGUGACGGUAACGCAGUAGCAGGAUCGUCCCGUCUGAAUGAUAGUGCAGCGGGACUUUCACGUCUAAAUGACAACGCACCAUCCCGUCCAACCGAUACCCAAAUCAGAAUGCCUAGACCUCGCGCCAUCAUCGCUCCCCUAGAUCCAUCCGCAGACGCAGAGAGCCCAGGAAGCGCUACCACAUGGGGAACCGUACCCACCUCACGAGCAGAUAGUAUGGAUCGCCUUGGCCUCUUAGGGCUGCACAACGGAGGCGUGCGUGGGCAGGGGAGCAUCGCUGGCGAGUCUGUAAUAGGACGAUUAGAAUCGGACGAGGAUACCACUGAUGAAGAUGGGGAAGAUAUCAGCGUGACGCCUGUCAUACCCGUGCCUAAUGUUGGACCAGAUAUAUCGUCUAUGUUGGGCCUUAUUCUGGAAGACGGUGCGGAUGAGGAGUGGGGGUAUCGUGCACAGUCUUCGCAUCCCUCGAGUUAUACUUCGUAUCCACAGAAUCGCACCUCGUUUCCUCCAAAUCACACCUCGCACCCUCCAAAUCACACCUCGCGCCCUCCAAAUCACACCUGGCAUCCCCAAUCCUCGCGCACCCAGCGCACUGACUAUCGUCGACAUACAUCGCAACCGAGGGAGUAUGAUCAAAAUCAAGCAGGGAGGAUAACGCGCGUUUCCAGUGGCAGUUCUUCAUAUACGAAUACGAACGCAUUAUCACUCCAUUUUGAUGCUUCGCUUUCUGUGCAUGGUCAUACUGCGCGUCCGUUUACGGGUGCUGGGGGUGGUCCUUUGACAGGUGGGGGACACGGUCCUUUUACAAAUGUCGGCGGGCCAGAAAUCGUCGCUCCUACCCCAGUCGUAGGCGGUCCCAAUAUCGUGCAUAUGUGGGCUAACCGAACAUGA